UUUGUUGUCACACGUUCGCGCACCCGCCGACGGUCUGUCAACGGAAGAAUCAAUCAAAACAAACAUUGUUAUUUUUAGUGUCGGUGCUUCGCGGGGAGGCGCCAUUCGCUAUUCAGCGGACGGCGCGCUACGACGCCGACAGUGCGCAGUUUCUAAAAGAGCUACUCGAGACACGAGCCAUGUUUUCGCCCUCUGACUUGAUGAAGCGCGUUGGCGUGGGCGGCGGGCUGGUGCCGUUCUUCAAGUGCGUGUGCGUGUACUUCCUGGCCGCCAGCGGAGGGCCUAGCCCCGGCGCCGCGGCCGCCAAGUGCGCGCCCGUCCUGUGCCUGCUCGCAGCCGUCCUGCUGCUGCAACCGAGGCCCUCGCAGACAGCUGACCCUGACCCUGACCAUGAUAAGGAGGGACGGCGUUACGCGCGGCGCGUCGCUCUCGGCCUGGCGCUGUCGGCGCUGGGCGACGCGCUGCUGGUGUGGGAGCAGCACUUCGCCGCCGGCAUGGCCGCCUUCGCUCUUGCCCACGUCGCCUACAUGUGCGCCUUCCGCGCCCGGGCACCGAAGCGACGCGCGGGGGCGUUGCUAUACGCCGGGGCCGCGGCCUACUGUGCCAUCGUGACGCCGCCGCCGGCGUUAGCGGUGGCGGUCCCUUUCUAUGCAAUACUGUUGGUGAGCAUGGCUUGGAGAGCGUUGCGUACGCUACCUGAGAAUACAUGUACGCGGUCAUACGCGGCGCCCGCUGGGGCGCUACUGUUUGUCCUCUCUGAUGCGUUGCUAGGUUACUCUCUAUUCCGCGGCCCGCUGCCGUACCGACGGGUGUUGGUGAUGUCGACGUAUUACUUGGGGCAGCUGGGACUGGCUCUGAGCGCGCUGUUGCCGCCCCCGCCGCCGCUCUCCGCACAGUAAACUUCUCUUCCGUGUAUGUUGUGGAGCGUUGGCCCUGGUGUCAGUGGCUUGGUUCUUUUUAAAGCUUUCAGAAGCCAGAUUAUACAUAGAAGUAAGCCGUCUUGCGAUCCUACUUUGAGACAUUUAACCAAUAAUCCCUAAAGCCUGAAAUAAGACCGCCUGUUGUCAGCAAUGUAUCUUUAAUCAAUUGUUUUUUUCUGAAACUAUGUGCAAGCAUCGAGUAUUCUAAUUAUCUAUCAAACGACGACCAGUGACGACCAGUUUGGCCUAGUGGGUAGUGACCCUGCCUACGAAGCCGAUGGUCCCGGGUUCAAAUCCUGGUAAGGGCAUUUAUUCGUGUGAUGAGCAUGGAUAUUUGUUCCUGAGUCAUGGGUGUUUUCUAUGUAUUUAAGUAUUUAUAAAUAUUUAUAUAUUAUAUAUAUCGUUGUCUAAGUACCCUCAACACAAGCCUUAUUGAGCUUACUGUUGGACUUAGUCAAUUUGUGUAAUAAUGUCUUAUAAUAUUUAUUUAUUUAUUUAUUAUUAUUAUCAAAGGAAGAGUAGCUCUCUAUUUGACAGCACUUGCCAUUACGGAAUAAGGACGCAACUAGGAUAGCAAAAAGUAACCAAGCUGCUGAGAGGCCGUGGUGUAGGGUAGAUGUAAGCGCCCGUCGGACGCGACCGGUCUGUGAUAUGUGCUCGGCUCUUAUUGGAUGUUUUAAUCCUGUUUACUCUAGUUUGUAUUUAAGUCUAACAACAUUUUACUGGCCAUUGUGGACUUUAUGCCUUUGCAAUAAGGUUUACUUACAAAUUGUCCGUUAACAGUGUGUGUGGACGAUUGUAAACUCCAUCUAAGAUAACUUUACACCAACUUUAAAAAAAAACAAAGUGUGGAGGUGUCAUUAUAAACGCCAUGUUUUCAUAGAAAUGUAACAUGAAUGAUAACACUGCCGCACUCCUUGCAAAUGGCAUGCAGUCAUGCAGCUCGGUCCGACUCUGUCUCUGUGGAUCCCAUUCGCUGCUAAAAUUACAAUAUGCCCUGAAAUUUGAUAUAGAUGUUGAAUUUGGAACAUUGUCUUAUACUUUUUGAACAGUGUGGGCACCAGAGAGCCUGUACAUGCAUUUGACUACAAUCAGAUGUUAGCGAACACUAUUCGAAAGACCAACAAGCGAAUGGGAAAUCCUUUAAAUAUUAAGUUUUUGAAAUAUAGGAAGAAUGUACAUCCACUCCUAGUGCCAUCUCACUCAAGGCGGUGAAUUUUACCAUUUUUCUAUGUUAGGUAAUAAAGUAAUUUGUGUUAUCUGUGUUCCGUUGUGAAAGUAAUAUGUUAGAAGUGAGCGCAUAAUGAACGAGCUCUGUGUGCGCGCGUUGUUCCCCAUUAUGUGUAUGUAGAGUAGACGACAGGUGUGCAAGUUGCAGAAACUUUACAAAAAAUUGUAUAAUGCUCGAAAUUUUUGGAAUAUUUCUUGAGAAAUAAGGUCAAUGUGGAAGACUGUCAUAGGGCAAGAACUGUUGUCGCUCAGGCACAGUCUAAAAGAAAGAGCUUCGUUCCUGCUUUACAGACGGAAGUAAGUGGAGUAUACGUGUAGAGCAAAAGUUAGAAGCGAUUGCGAUGAAAAAACUUGUAGACGGUUUUCUCCAAAUUAACCUAAAGGAAGUUUCCAAAUUUUCCGGGAACUUAUGUAAGUUUUCCCUACGUUGCACAUCUAUAAUGUAGUGUGUGGAGCGCGUGGCGCCGCCGCGACCUUCCGAGGCGGCGGCGCGGCCAGCCCGGCCACCGGCGCGCUGCAGCUGAGCCACCUCAGCCCGCCUACCUAGUUGUAAUAUAUUUAUAGACUGUCUCGUAAUCAUAACAAUCUCACUCGUGGAUCUGCGACUAAACAAACAUAUCUGGAAAUGUAUUUUUCUAUUCACGGUAGAGGAGUAGGAUUUUCAAAAUAAGCACGUUUUCAAAUAUCGAGUAGUUGUAUUAGACUGUUUCAACAUUCAACCGUAACAUCGGCGUCAACUGUACUCACGACCGACUUUAAAACAAUCGUAAUUUUGAUAAAUUUUAUCUCAAUUAAAAUAAAAGCAAAAAAUAGGUGAGAGUCAGAAUGGCGGGUGUACCGAAAUAAAAUUAAAUUAAAACCAUACCAUAUUUUUGUACCUAAUUUGUACUAUUUAGUACCUCCUUUAAAAAAUUGUACCUCACGGUACUUGAAGCUUGAAGUUAUCACCAAAAAACAGUACACCCGCCAUUCUGACUCUCACAAAAAUAGUUGACCUAGAUUAUAAUAUGGUCCAUGCCUCCAUGGUUUAUAUAAUGACAUUUAUUAGGUGUGGUUAUGGUUAUCGUAUGUUACUAUAUUUAUGUAAUAAGUGAACUCCUUACGUAGAGUAAGCGUAGAAUAGGGGAUGUGCAAUUUUUAGAACAUUGUUUAAGCAAAUCAUAUUUUAUUAUAAUGUUAUCUGUACGUGUUAUACAUAUAAAAAUAAACGGAGAAGGUUAAACUGGG